AUGGGCUGCGCAACCAAGAAUGCCAAAGUCGUAGCUAUUUCCCUAGGCUCCCUGCAGCGCCUCAUAACCCUCAAAGCCGUCCCCCAAUCCGCUGUCCCGCUCAUCAUCAACACCAUGUCCGAAGCCAUGUCCCAAGGCGUCGAUAUCCAACUGCGCAUCCUCCAAACACUCGUCUCCCUCAUCCCAAACUUUCCUAACAUCCACGACGAACUCUUGGGAGAUGCUCUACUUCUAUGCUUCAAACUCCAAGAAUCUAGGAUAGCAGUCGUAUCGUCCACAGCCGCAGCAACGCUUCGCCAACUGCUCAUGUUCGUGGUUGACAAGAUGGUAAACGAAGACCGGAUCCUCGAAACGGAGGAAACACCCCCCUUCCCACUAUCCGAAAUCAAACUGCCAAACGGCGACACCAAACUCCUCGGCCCGUCCUCCAAGGACGCUUAUUCCGUCUUUGAAGACCUCUGCCUGCUCGCCAACUCGGAGAAACCCCGUUUCCUCAAGCUCGAGUCGCUGCACAAGACGUUUGCCCUCGAGUUGGUCGAGAGCGUGUUGACGAAUUAUCAUGGUCUCUUCCGCAAGCAUGAAGAAAUGAUCCUUCUCCUCCGCCAUCACCUCUGCCCUCUACUACUUAAGACCGUCUCGGAAAGACCGAUAUUCCCGCUCAUUCUGCGAUGUACGCGGGUGAUUUUCCUGCUGCUCAAGCAGUUCUCGCACGAAUUGGAGACGGAGGCUGAGGUGUUCUUGAUGCUGCUCAUCAAGAUUAUCACGGAGGAUGGGAGUUCGGAAUCGGGUAUCAGUGAAGCUCACUUCCACCACCACGUCCAGGGACCUAAACCGACAUGGAUGCGGGUCAUCUCGAUGGAGAUUAUGCGAGGUAUUUGCAGCGACGCCGAACUCAUGAGGACCAUUUGGAGGAAAUACGAUGCGGCGGAGGGAGGAUCCAAGGUUUUCACGAGCCUCUUGACCGCUUUGAAACGACUGCUCUCCGAGAAACCGAAUUUGCUUGGUGUGAGCACGCAUAUGGGCGGUGUGGGCGUCAACCCCGAAGGUCAUGGAUUGGAAAGUGUAGCUGGCCGGGUGGCGAGUGCUACCGUUUCCGGAGUGGUUGGGAUGAUUAGCUCUAGCCACGGUCUGAGCGUCCAGGGCUCAUCUAUGAAAGUCCAAUGCAUCGACCAACUGGACAAAGCCGACUCGCCACCGAUCCCUGAAUCCUACAUCUACCUCCUCGCUGUGCAAUGCAUCGUCUCCCUCUGCGAAGGCCUCGCUUCCUAUGCCGGGCCCAUCUACACCACGCUCGUCAUCCAACGCCCGCGCGCAGCAGGCGAAGCAGCCGUCCGCGCCCCGCCCGCACUCGACCUCUCCACCCUCCCCCCAUCCGAACCACAAACCAUCAACCUCCAAACCGUCUCAGACAUCAUAACCGCAGGCUGGCCCGCGCUCCUCGCCUCCCUCUCCCUGAUCAUCGCCACCAACCUCUCCGACGAACUCUUCGUGGACGUCCUCGCGAGCUACCAGUCUAUCACGAACGUGUCUGGUAUGCUCGGUUUGACAACUCCGAGGGACGCGUUCUUGGGUAGUUUGGCCAAGUUUGCGGUGCCGCCGAGGGUGGUGGCUGCUUUGGACGGGUAUGCGGAGCCCCCGCCGACGCCGAGGUCGGCGACGAGCGCUGUUGCGGAGGGGUUGGGGUUGGGACCUGCCCCGCCGCAGCCGCCUGGGCUGUCGGAUAAGAACAUGGCCUGUCUCAAAGUCUUGGUCGGUUUGGGAGAGAGUUGGUACGGGGUGUUGGAGACGCUGCAGAAUGCGGAUUAUGUGCUUACGUUCAAGGCUGGUGGGGGUGGGGCGGGUAAACGCGCGAGUAUGGCCGGAGCGUCGGCUGGUGGUGGUGGGGGAGUCUUACCCCCCAGCCGGGCUAUUUCCUUGUCGAAUUCCCAGUCGGGUGGGCUGAGUUCGGGUGGUGGUGGUGGGCCUAGACAUCCGCUCCUGACGGAUUUGGACGUGGAGACGAUGCUGAUGGCUAUCCAACGCCUCUUUGACUCGAGCAAGAACCUCGAGGACGGGGCGUUCAAGGCUUUCGUCGACGCGUUGUGUAAACUGAGCGCCGAGAUGGUGGGGAUGCAGGCGGAGGGGCCGCACCAGGGGAUCGUCGCCGUUCCUUCCUCCGACAGCAUCGCCGAUGGUGCUACUCUCACCGUGAAAUCCGACGCAAGCCAGAGGAGGCGGAUGAGCGGUAUGCACAUCCCCAAAACGCAAGUCCAGCGCACGGGAGAUUUUGGGAUCUCAAAGUUGGGCGGUGUAGCGCUGACGAAUAUCCACCGGCUGAUCUACCGCUCGCCUGAUGUCGCGUGGACGACGAUCACGACGCACCUGGUUCAUGUUAUCCGUUUGCCGCUUGCGCCGCAGGCGAUUCGUGUGCAGGCUGCCCGUGUGUUGGACGAGAUACUGCAAGUUGUACCGAGGAAUAUUUCGGCUAGGGAUGGUGGUAGUGGUGGUGGCCAGUUGCAGAGUGAGGUGCAGAGGAGGGUGUUGGAGGUGUUGGCGCUGCAGGUUGUGCCUGAUCCCGAGAACGGGUAUUCGGGUGAUACGACGACGAGUGUGGAGUUGAGGAGGAUGGGGUUGGAGACGCUGCAUGUUAUUUUGCAGUCGUCGGGGCAUACGUUGGUGGUUGGAUGGGAGGUUAUUUUUAGGAUGUUGGAGAGUGUGUGUAGACCGCAUCACCAUCUACCCAGGAGUGGGUCGCUAGAUUCGGUUUCGGUUUCGACCAAGGACAAGGGUGGGCAACACAAGGUGAAACCGUCGUUGGUUCUGGGAUUAGGAAAUCCGUCGUCCAAGAGUUAUUCGGCCCUUGUGAAGAUUGCGUUUCAGUCGCUGACUUUGGUGUGCGAUUCGAUUUCGCUUCUUUCGCCGGAGCAUCUUCAUCUCUUCAUCGCCACCCUCGGACACUUUGGCCGCCAGUCGGAUACGAAUAUUGCCCUGACUGCUACGACGAGUCUCCUUUGGAGUGUGUCUGAUGCUAUACAAGCCCGACGGAAAAAUGUGGACGAGGAAAAAGAGUAUAGCGAGUUGUGGUUGGUUUUGCUUGGUGAGGUGUUGGGGUUGUGUGGGGAUGGAAGGGCGGAGGUGAGGGAUGGGGCGAUUCAGACGUUGGUUAGGGCUAUGGGUCUGUAUGGGGAGACGUUGGGUGGUGAGACGUGGGACCGGUGCGUGUGGGGUAUCGUGUUCCCGCUUUUGGAUGCCGUUACGGGGAGGAUUCGGGAGCUCGGAUCCGCAAAAGAAGUUGGUGAUGGGGACGAUGGAAGGAAAGAGGAGCCCAAACAAGAAGUUCCGGGUCCUGGAGAAGAAGAAGCAGACGAAGCCCACCGAAAAUCCUGGGACGACUCCAAGAUCCUCGCUCUCAACUCUAUCGGGUCCAUCUUCCACGACUUUUUGAUCUCCAAAAUCAUGCUGCUCGACUCGUUUGGGGAUGCGUGGGAUGCGUUUGUGACGCGGAUUGAGGAUUCGGUGUUGUUGGAUGAUAGGUCGAUUAGUGCGCCUGCGCUGAGGUGCUUGGAGAAGGCGGUGAAGGCUGCUGCGGGUGCCGAGGGCGUGUUGCGGCCAAGGGUGGGGGAGGUGUUGGAGAGGGUGUGGAAGGCGGUUGAUGUCCUUGGGAGUGCGGUGGGCCAUAGAGCAGCGAGCUCGCGUACCAUUGGUGCCACGGGACAGGCUGCUGAUGAUUUGGAAGAGAAGCAGAGGGAGAAGAGGCUGCAGCCUGAGCAGCCGUUCACCCAGGAGAGCCUGAUUGCGCUUGUGGAUGUUAUACAGAGUGCGAGGAUGGUUAAUGGGAAAUUGACCGGUAAGGAGUGGGAGCUGGAGAAGCUUGUGAGGUUGAUGGCUAUUUUGAAGGGUGUGCUCACGUACCCUGAUUCGAAUGACUAUCGGCCUGAUAUCGACGCUCUGCCGCCUCUCCAAGCCGUUGUCAUUGAGACGAUUCAGAGCAUCGACUUGUCGGUCGCUGGAUCUCCCUCCCUGGUCAUGCGUGACCUCUCGGAAUACGUCACCCUCGCCUUCCUGGCCGCGUUCGAUGUCCAGCCGCAACCCAAUAGCAAGUCAACAACGCCUCAGAAACGUGUUACCUACAUCGCGCUUUCGAAGAAAGUGAUGCCUAUGCUCGUGGAGUUGUUCAUGCGGUUCAAGUCUGCGCCUCAGGUUUAUGCGGAUGGGACUGUUGAAGCUGUGCUUUCGGCGUAUUCGGUUCCUAUCAAGCUGAAAUAUGACUGUCCGGCCCCUUCAAAGUUUGGAAAGGAUCAACCGCUUUGGAAGAUUGCUACGACUUGUUGUCUUCAGAUUGUCAAGGAGUGCACGGGUAGCCUCAAGGGUUUGGACGGCGAACUCUCUGAUGAACGCGUUGAGGGCAUCUGGUGGCAGAUAUUGGAUGUGUUCCGCGGUGCGAUCUUGGCGGAUUGUUCUGCUGCAGAAUCGUUGUCCCUCGAAGCGCAAGAAGAGGAAGAGAAUUUUGAUCUGUCAGUGAUCGCCUCACUCGAGAUUGACGUUAUCCCGCACCUUGGUGAUCCCCGUGUCCCGGAUGCGUUGGUUGCUCAACUGUCCAAGAUCCUGAAGCAAGGAAGUCUGUUGUACGAGUCGGGCGAGCAAGCCAAGCGCCCGUCGACUGCGGAUUCGGCUAGGACGCAUUCGUCGGGCAAGACGGAUGUUACGAAAGUCGACUCGAUUGAGAACAAGUACAUUGAUGGGACGACGGAUUUCGACCAGGAGGACUCGAGAAGGCGAUUGGCGGCGCUGUCGCUGCCCUCUUUGCUUAACCGGUGUCGAACGACGCUUGUUAGCUACGUUGCAGAUGAAAGUUUGCGGGGUUCCCUGCCUUUCCCGAGAGCACGCGAAGAAGAGCUGUUGUAUGUCCUGCGGAAGCUCCACUCAUUACGGCUGUGGCCUGGUUCUCUCUGGGCGGCAGUCUCAGAUGAUCCGACCAAGUACUCAUCAUCGCAACCUAGUGCAUCCGAACUAGAGCUCUCGGCGCCCAAAGAUCUCAUCGCUGACUCUGUGAAGCGCUCAUCCGUCGCCCACCUCUUCCACUUUUAUCCUGUGCUGUGCGAGAUUGCAUCAAUACCUCGCCGAUCGCCCACAGGAUGGAUAUCGAAAUCGGGCACGAUGUUGUCGGCGGCCGAGAGGAUUGGGGACCUGAAGCCGCCAGGGACGAGAGAUGUGUAUGAGGUGGAUGCCAGGUCGCUUGCGCGGAAUUGCUUGAAGGAGAUUGGGAAGGAGAUGGGUGUUGUUCAGUGA